AUGGACCACUAUACGCAUUCUGAAGGUGAUGAGGAUGUUUCAGUUACGCUGCCCGACGACGAUGUGUGCAAGCCGAACGAAACCACAUCGUUGCUAGCCAAAAAUUUGGACUCCAAGAGCAGAAGAGAGAAGUGGAAGCCAGGGCCGGGGUUCUUUUGGAUAGAAGUUGCAAUAUUUUCUAACGUCUUUCUCUCCGGGUUCGACGGCACGAUUACAGCAUCAACCUACGCAAUCAUAGGCUCCGAAUUUCACGCCGCAAACACCAUCUCAUGGCUGACCACCUCCUACCUUAUUACAAGCACCGCUUUCCAGCCACUUUAUGGUCGGUUUUCCGACAUUCUGGGUCGCCGUACAUGCUUCUUUACCGCGACUAUAACUUUCCUGCUUGGCUGCGUGGGUUGUGGACUUGCGCCAGAUGUGGUCACCUUGAAUUUGAUGAGAGCUCUGACCGGGCUAGGGGGAGGUGGUCUUAUGACUAUGGCGACAAUCAUAAAUUCCGAUAUGAUUCCCUUCCAGGAGAGAGGCAUGUACCAGGCUUGCCAGAAUGUCUUACAUGGAUUUGGAUCAAUAUGCGGCGCAUCGUUGGGCGGUGUGAUUGCAGACCACAUUGGCUGGCGAUGGUGUUUCCUGCUGCAGGUGCCGGUGUCGAUUUUUGCCCUCGUUGUCGGCCAUCUUGUCAUCAGCGGCGCAAAAGCGACGGCCGUGACAGGCGACGAAGAAGCAACUACACUCCAGCUGUCUUCCUCGAAAUGGAAACAGAUUGAUCUCUCAGGAGCUGUCCUUCUGGUGCUUGGGCUGUCGGCCCAACUCGCGGCCAUGAGUAUGGGCGGCAACAACUUUCCAUGGUCUGACCGCAAAGUGAUUGCGGCGCUGGCACUGAGCGUCCUCUUACUGGUCUUGUUCGUGGCCGUCGAGCUCCGGACGAGUGCCGUUCCCGUUAUGCCGAUGACUAUGCUGAGAGGCACUCUGGCUGUGUCAAACCAAAUUAGCAAUGUAUGCGUUGGCAUGGCUGCGUAUUCGUUUCUCUUCGUCAGCCCUCUGUUCUUUCAGGUUGUACUCGAGGACAACGCGUCUGAGGCUGGCAUGCGCUUGGUUAUUCCCAGUCUUGCAACCCCUGUGGGCGGGCUCCUGGCUGGGCUCAUCAUGUCGCGCUGGGGAUAUUUGAGUGCACUUGUGAGAACAGGAUCCUUCAUCAUGGUGAUUGGGAACGGGCUUGUUGCUUCAUUGAACUUUCGAGAUGCGGCUUGGAAGUAUCUGGUCUACCUGUUUCCCGCGAACCUCGGACAAGGCAUUGUGUAUCCCGCCAUCCUUUUCACAAACCUCGCAGCUUUUGAUCAUAGUGAGCAAGCGGUAGCCACCUCUAUGGUGUACCUAUUCAGAUCAAUGGGUACAGUCUGGGGGGUUGCGGCAUCGUCGACGCUGAUUCAAAACGUGCUGACCGUACAGCUUCCGGCGAGGCUGGAAGGAAUACCAGCCAAAGAAGAGAUCAUUGACGAGAUACGCCAUUCCGUAAGUGUGCUACGAGAUCUUUCACCCGAAGUGCAGACGAUUGCCCGGCAUGUUUAUUAUGAUGCCCUGCGCUACGCUUACAUUGCGAAUACCGCAAUCGCUGCCGUCGCAUUUGUGGCGGCUUUGUUCGCCCGGGGGAGUAGCCUCCGACGGGCUCAGACUUAG